AUUUGACCACUGCACGAAACAUGGAGGACAUUGAAAACAAUUUGUUAAAAAAACAGUCAGUAUAAGUCAUAUGUAGUCAAACCACGCUGUAUUUUGCCACAAUUAAACAAUGAAGAUAUUGGCAUUAAGAUGCUGGAGGUGUGUUACUGAGGCUGUACUUCCAUGAACGCUGUGGGUGACGGCGCUGUCCUGUUCACAGCUGCGGGCAGGUCUGAACCCCGCCGGGGAAGAUGUUUAGUCUGUGGCCGUGCCUGAGGCUUCGGCCUGGGACUCGUGUUCACGCUAUUUCCCGGCAGCGUGUCCAUAAACUUGCUUCGCUUAAGAAAGCCGCAACGCUUCCCCCAAAGAAAGUCCAAAGCUUACUUUACCCCUUUGGUGAGUUGGAGGCCUACCUGGACAGGUCUGUGGACUGGACACAGUUUAAGCUCUUUCAUCCCAGUUUGGAGGACAUGGUUAAAGCAGAAAAGCUCUUCUACUCUUCACCGUCUCAUAAGAUUGAUUACUACAUCUCUGCAGAGAGGAUGGAACAUGUACCUGCACUGAAACAGCCAGAGGUGUGUUUCAUCGGCAGAAGCAAUGUGGGCAAGUCAUCUCUUAUCAAAGGUCUGUUCUCCCUGACUCCUGAGGUAGAAGUCAGAGUCUCCAAAACUCCGGGUCACACAAAGAAGAUGAAUUUCUUCAGAGUGGGCAAAGUUUUCACCAUUGUUGACAUGCCAGGCUAUGGACACAGAGCACCCAAAGACUUUGUGGAUAUGGUGGAGCCGUACCUUUACACAAGGAAGAAUCUGGUGAGGACAUUCUUGUUGGUCGAUGGCAGUGUCGGUCUUCAGAAGGCUGACCUGAUCGCUCUGGAGAUGUGCGAGGAGAUCAGACGUCCAUAUGUGAUAGUGGUGACUAAGAUUGACAAAUGUGGGCACGGAGCACUGCUGACAAACUUGCUGAACCUUCAGGAUGUGGUUAAAACACAGACCGCAAGCUGCUUCCCCCAGCCAUUCCUGGUCAGCUCCCUCCAGUUUUGUGGGAUCUACCUCCUGAGAUGCUUCAUUAGCCAUGUCACAGGCAGCAUCAGGUUAACGGACACCUCUCAAAGCUGAUUAGAGGACAGCUUAGCCCAACUGAGUGGAACUAGGACUUGCUAAUCUCUACAUACAUCCACUUUAUGAUGUAUACGACUGUUUCAGAUGCUUUUGUUUUCUAAUAAAAUGUAAAACACUC